UGAACAACACCCGAAGAAUUUGCGUAUCAUCUUUCCAGCAGAUGAUUCGGGAAUCUUCCCUCAAGACGUCAAUUCCUAUAGAAAAAUAUAAUUGGAAUCAAUCAAGAAAUUAUAAUUUCAACAAAUUAUAUCUAGCUAGUAUUCAGUCAGAAUUUGGUUCAAUAGGAAAAUCAGUUCCUGAAAAGAAUAGAUUUCCAAUGAUAAAAACAAAAUCUGGAAAACAUAUCCAAUAUAUUGACCAAUGUAUGGUAAGAGUGAAGGGAGGAAAUGGAGGAAAUGGUUAUGUUCAUUUUCUGAGAGAAAAAUAUAAACCUAUCGGAAAGGCAAGUGGAGGUGAUGGAGGAAGUGGAGGAAGUGUUUUUAUUAAAUCAGUUGAUAGUAGACGUUCUUUGUGUGAUAUUGAUUUUAUCCAAAAAGCUCCUGAUGGAGAAAAUGGUCAAAAGAGAAACAAGAAUGGAAGAAAAGGCGUAAAUACAUAUAUUUAUGUCCCUUUAGGUACACAAAUUUUUGAUGCCGAUACAAAGGAAUUAGUUGCAGAUCUUCAAAAUGAUGGUGAUGAAGUGUUGGUAGUUAAAGGAGGUAAAGGUGGAUUGGGAAAUCAACAUUUUUCUUCUAGUACAAACCGUAGUCCACAACAAAGUCUUGAUGGUAUAAAAGGUGAACAAAGAAUUCUCAAAUUGAAACUGAAAACAAUAGCAGAUGUAGGGUUGUUAGGAUAUCCAAAUGCUGGAAAGUCCACUCUGUUAGGUUCUAUUUCAACAGCCAAACCUAAAGUUGCUGCCUAUUCAUUCACAACACUUCAUCCUACUGUGGGAGAAGUUUAUCAUAGCGAAAGUGGUUUUACUUUUUCUUGUGCAGAUAUUCCUGGAUUAAUCGAAGGAAUGAAUAGCAAACUAAAAACAAAAGGUUUAGGCCAUGAUUUCUUGCAACAUAUUGAAAGAACAAAACUUUUACUCUAUGUUGUGGAUGUAAGUGGUCUAGAAGGUAUGGGUAUUCAAUACAAUGAAGAGACUGGAGAUGUCAAAUAUGAAUUUAUUACGGAUUCUUCACCAUUUGAUUAUAGUAAGAAUACAGAAGAAUCUAAAUUAUUGUCUAGGCAAUCUGAAAAAAGAAUGUCAGUUCUUUCACCAAAAACAUCAUAUGAUGAUGAUGUGUUUGAUAUAAAAUCAUCUGCCAUGAUGGACUAUUUUGGAGAGGAAGCAGAUACAGUAUUGGACGAUUUGGAAGAUGAUGAUGUUAUGAUAAAUAAUUCUCGUAUGGAAAAACUGAGUAAAAGAAGACAGGCUCAGGAAAGAUUUAGAAACAGAACUCCCUUACUUCGAACAAUUACGCAAGAUGAGUCAAUAGAAUUAAAUAGGGAAGUAAGAGAUUCACAAUAUCAUAACCAAGAAAUUGAUGAAGAAAUUGAUGAAGAAAUUGAUGAAAUUGUAUAUCACCACUCUAGUAUGGAUAGAACAGAUCCAGAAAACACUUCUAUUAACCAUGAUCCAUAUGCCAAUACUAUUCUUGAUACCUUACCUGAAUUUAAGAGGAAACAAAGACUAUAUCAACCAUGGGAUGUUUUGAGAUUACUUAAAAAAGAGGUAGAACUCUACAUGCCAGGUCUUUCAGAUAGAGCACAAUGCAUUAUUGCAAACAAAAUGGAUGUUCCUGGUGCUGAAAAGAAUUUUGAAAAGUUAAAAGAAUUCGUACAAAGCGAGUUUGGUGACAUUCCAGUAAUACCAGUUUCUGCCAAAGAUAGUGUAAAUGUUGAGAAUGUAAAGACUUUCUGCAUUGAAUAUUUGGAAAAGAAUAAGAAAAAAUUGGAGCAAAUGCAACCUCAAUCAGAUCUUUACUAAACUUGUCAUUAGAAUAUUAAAAGGAAGAGUAAUUUGGUUAU